CAGUUUGUCAGCCAGAAACAACACAGGCCAGGCCAUUACCAUCACCAUCGGCUUUCCUAGAAUGAAGAUAUAGCCGAUGCGAAGACCAUGAUCUGGAAAUAUCUUGGCGUGUUGACCAAGGUCACGAGAUGUGCCGGCCUGGACUUAUAGCGCCUUAUCUGCCAUAAGCUCCCGUCCGAUUCCUUGCUUCCCUCCCCCUCCUUCCUAUUAGGCCAUGUGCCAUCUCGCCACGCAGGUAGUAUGCCUAAUCUUCAAAGUUUCCUUUCAAGGACUGUCCUGCCUAUCUUGCUAUAACGUCGCGAGGUGGAUGUCUUUUGAAGUGUCUUUAGACUAUUGCCCAGCUGAUACUAUCAAAGCUGGGUAACGUCGCUAGGCGGAUUUGGGCAAAUUGGGAAGGAGGAAUUUGGUGGCGGCUAGUCCAAUGGAGGGCUCUGUUACGAACAGCGACAACAACAGCGUGAUGCAAGCCAUGAUGCUGGAGUCGGGAUGAGUAUAAAAGAAUGCGAAUGUUCUCUCUCAUCAUGUCUAGUAGUUUUCAGCAGCAUCCUGGACUCGUCUUACCUACUAUCCAGCCUCUGCAACAUUAACACCCCUUUCUCGCACGUGUUGUCUUCAGAUCGCUAGACAUGGAGCUCUUCAGAUUCCUCGCCUUCUUGGCAGCCGUCCUGCCCGUUGCCUAUGGUGCCCCCACCCAGGCUUCGAACAGCCUCCACCCUAAGCUCCUAGCCGCCAUGAAGCGCGACUUGGGGCUUGACGCCGACCAGGCCACUGCCCGUGUCGCCAGGGACCUCUGGGCCAGCGACGUCAUCGAGCAGCUGAAAACGUCGGCGGGCGACUCAUUCGCCGGCGCUUGGAUCGCCGAGGACGGCACCACCCUCAACGUCGCCGUCACCGACCAAGCCUUGGCCGCCGAGGUGAGCGCCGCUGGCGCCACCCCGGCUGUCGUCGCCAACAGCUUCUCCAAGCUUGAACAGGCUAAGCUGGCCCUUGACAACAUGGACAUCGAGCAGCCCAAGACCCUCUCCACGGACGCUGCCGAGACUGGCAUCGCGGCGUACUACGUCGACGUCACCGCCAACAAGCUCGUCAUCGAGGCCCUCGCCGGCAGCACCGCUCACGCCGAGGACCUGGCCGCUCAGGUCGGGCUCGUCGCAUCUGAGUUCGAGGUGCGCACCGUUGACGCGAUGCCGACCACCUUCGCCACGGUCCUCGGCGGCGACGCCUACAUCAUCGACCGCGUUGCCCGAUGCUCCGUCGGCUUCUCUGUCACCACCGGUUUCGUCUCGGCCGGCCACUGCGGUACCGCGGGUAGCUCCGCUACCACCAGCAGCGGCGCGUCGCUCGGAACCUUCUCUGGCUCUGUCUUCCCCGGCAGCGCCGACAUGAGCUACAUCCGCACCGUCAGCGGCACCACGCUCAGCGGCUACAUCGACGGCUACGGCUCCGGCAACCUGCCCGUGUCGGGCAGCACCGCGUCGGCCACGGGCGCCAGCAUCUGCCGCUCGGGCUCCACCUCCGGCGUCCACUGCGGCACCGUGCGCGCCCUCGGCGCCACCGUCACCUACGCCGAGGGACGCGUCACCGGCCUCACCCAGACCAGCGUGUGCGCCGAGCCCGGCGACUCCGGCGGGUCCUUCUACACCGGCGCCCAGGCCCAGGGCGUCACCUCCGGCGGCUCCGGCGACUGCACCAUCGGCGGCGUCACCUACUUCCAGCCCGUCAACGAGAUCCUGUCCACCUACGGCCUCACCUUGGUCAGGGCUUAAGUUUAGCAAGCUAGCUAGCAAGCUAGUUAGUUAUGUCACGGCACCCUGAGCUGGGGAAGAUCUUUGAAAGUCUGGUUUGGAUUUUUCUUUUUUGGCAGAGAGAGAGAUAAGCGGAAAUAUCUAUGUGUUAGUA